AUGGCCUUGCCAGUUUCUGCAAUUGGAUUUGAAGGUUACGAAAAGAGGCUCGAGAUUUCUUUUUACGAACCUGGAAUAUUUUCUGACCCUGGAGGUCGUGGCCUCCGAUCUUUGGCCAAAUCUCAAUUGGACGAAAUUCUAGACCCAGCUCAAUGCACGAUUGUGUCUUCGUUGUCUAAUGAUGAAGUCGAUUCAUAUGUCCUAUCAGAGUCUAGUCUCUUUGUGUACCCAUACAAGAUAAUAAUUAAAACUUGUGGUACUACAAAACUGCUACUUUCAAUCCCACCCAUCCUCAAGCUUGCGGAUAUUCUCAGACUCACUGUGAAUUCUGUUAGAUACACCCGUGGAAGUUUCAUAUUUCCCGGGGCUCAGCCAUUUCCACAUCGUAGCUUUUCUGAAGAAGUAGCUGCUUUAGACGUCUAUUUUGGCAAACAUGGGCUGAGCAGCAAGGCCUAUGUGAUGGGUGGUGCUGAUAAAGAUCAGAAAUGGCAUGUCUACUGUGCAUCAGCUACCCCGACCGAUGAUCUGGGUCCGGUGUACACCCUAGAAAUGUGCAUGACCAAUUUGAACCAGAAGAAGGCCUCUGUAUUUUACAAGACUCAAUCAAGCUCUGCAGCUGUCAUGACUGAAGCUUCCGGCAUCAGGAAAAUUCUCCCGGAUUCUGAGAUAUGUGAUUUUGAUUUUGAUCCCUGUGGGUACUCCAUGAAUGCUGUUGAAGGUGCUGCAAUCUCUACAAUUCAUGUGACUCCAGAGGAUGGCUUCAGUUAUGCAAGUUUUGAAGCAGUUGGAUACGAUUUCAAAGUGGUUGAUUUGUCCCUCCUGCUCGAGAGGGUACUGGCUUGCUUCCAACCGGCCAAGUUUUCUGUAGCUUUGCAUUCUUAUUUUGCUGGGAAGGACCUUGAUCUGGACUUUGCACUUAAUUUAAAUGGAUAUGUUUGUGGAGAAAGGAGCUUUGAAGUUGUCGGUCUUGGAGGAUCUGUUAACUACAGCAGCUAUACCAGUGCUGAAAACUGCGGUUCUCCAAGGUCAAUUCUGCAAUUCGUUUGGGACGAGAACCAGGACAAGAAAGUCGAGAAGAAAUAA